AUGGAUACAACACGUCCUUCUGGUCAUGAACAAGUAGAAGAUCCAACCAAAAUUAACCAUCCUGAGGAAGAAGAGCACCAUACUGAGAGUGGAGCAUCAAAGAUGUUCAAGAGAGUGAAGGCAAGAGCUAAGAAGAUCAAGAACAGUCUCACUAACAAACAUGGCAACGAGCCCGAUCCCGAUCACGACGUCGAAGAAGAAGAAGACGAUGAUGAAAUCGACGACCAGGACCCACAAAAGCACGUCGCAUCUCUGAAUCAUCCCCGAGAAACUAAUGUUCCGGUGGCGGCGGCACCGGAGGAGAUCACUCCACCGGAGAAAAAGGUUUCACCUUUCGCGUCUUCCGAUAACAGCAAACUCGACGAACCUGAGACGUUACGAGACGCCACUUACGGACACGAAGCACUAUCUCAUCCUGUAAAACCGGAGGAGACGAGAGAUUCACCGGUUUAUCCUGUAAAAACUUCCGAUCUGGCGGAGGUAGAAGAUAGGAGAGUGCCUUUGAGCACUCCUGAGACGAGGGCGUUUGCUCCUCCCGGUGAAUAUCUUGGUCGUCAACCGGAAGUCAACACUGAGAGUGAGAGUGGUGUAUCUGUUCCCACUCAUCAAGGAGGUGGAGAAGAUGGAGUACCGGAGAUUGCUGAGUCUCUUGGUAGGAUGAGAGUGAUGGAGGAGUCUUUUGAUCAGAAAUCAGAAUCUGAAAUCGCAAAGGAUUCACCGGCGGUGAGAAGUUUCGAGUUUGAUCAGAAGACCGAAGAAUCUGGAAUCGACAAGGCUUCGUCGCCGGGAUUCGGCGGGAAAGCUGAGCUGAGGGAAGAUUUUCCGGCGAAAAGCUCUGACUUUGAGCAGAUCGAAUCUGGAAUCGGGAAGGAUUCGACGGCGGGAUUCGGCGGAAAACCAGAAGCUGAGACGAAGGAAGAUUUUCCGGCGAAAAGCCGUGAAUUUGAACAGACGAUCGGAACUGAAAUCGGGAAAGAUACGGGUGUCGGAGAACCGGGAACUGAGCGGAGGGAAGAUUUUUUGGGGAAAAACUAUGAAUUUGAGAAGGAGAUGGAAUCUGCAAUCGGCAAGGAUUCGCCGACGAAAUUCCCCGGAGAAUCGGAAACUGGGCUGGGAGAAGGAUUUAAUCUGAAGAAUGAUUCAAUCGGGAAGGAGUCGGCCAAGGGAAACCAUGGAUAUGGCGAAGAAUCGGAAUCUGGACUCGAAAAGGAAUUUCCGGCGACGAGUGGUGACGUGAAAGUGGAGACCGGGCUGGGAAGAGACUUUAAGACGGAAUUCAACGAGCAAUUCUCGCCGGAGUUUUCGGGUCCGAAAGAGAGAGAUACUUUCGAUUCGGAAGCUGAGCCAAAACCCAACACCUACACAGAGAUGAUCGGCUCAGCGACGACGUUCGUAACCGGCAAAGCUGUUGCCGCGAAAGACACCGUCGCUUCAGGUCUUGGAUACUCAGGCGAAACCGCCGGACAUGAGAGUCCCGUGGGAGUCCAAAAUCCGGGGACUGUUGCUGAGAAGUCUAUUCCGGAUGACGAAAAGGUUAAAGAAACUGGAUCACCGGUCUCGACGAAAUUGCCGCUCUCCGGUGGUGGAAGUGGAGCGGAGGAGAAUUAUGUCCAGGCUAGUGAUUAUCUACCGGAGAAAGAGAAACUGUCACCUGAAGAAGAGGACAAAGCUUUUUCUGAGAUGAUCAACGGGAAACUUAAUCUCGGAGGAGAGACGAAGGCAACGGAGGCGAAGGAAGUUGAAGUGACGGCGGAGAAGAUCCCUUCCGGUGAGGUGUCAGAGGAAAAAGAACACGGUGAGGCGGCUGCACCAGAGGUAGAAGGAGGAGGAAUGGUGGGGAGGAUUAAAGGAGCGUACAAUUAUUGGGUCGGUGGUACCACGGAGGAGGUGAAACCGAAAUCUCCGGUCUCAGGUCACGAGUCUUCACAAUCACUCGACUCCACCGCGGGGACUAAAGGAUUUUCGGAUUCAAGUGAAACCGGUUUGGGUGAGAUCGGUGGUAGUACCGGAUCUUUGCCGGUACAGAAAGGACUUUAA